AGCCGCGCGCGUAAGCGCGUCAGGGCUGGGACGCUUAUCCCGUGCCUUCCGGUUUGCGGUACAACGAAAGCGAGCUCGAGCGUUAGCCGGCUAGCGGCUCACCGUUAAACGUUUGGGAGAAUACCUUCGAAAAGUGAAAAGUAAGGUCUACGGCUGGUGGAAAUCCUCCAAAAAACAACAAAGAGGAUGCCGAAAUCGCCAUGGUCCUGUUUGGAACUGGGAGGAUACUCCGUUAGACAUGUAAAGUAGCGUUAGCUAAUGUAGCUAGCUAAAGCCAGUCGCAGUUUUACUGGAGCGUGUUGUUGUUGUUGUUUUAUCAUCUCUUGCCAUCCCGUGACAGAGCAGAGAAACGUUAGAUAACCUAUAUGAACUGUCAACCCAGAACUGACAGUUAGCAAGCCAGCUGACUAACCUAUCCAACUCAGUUCAGCGAAAUUAGCUGCGUUUGGUGGAAGUAAAUAAAGCUGGUUUUACGUACUCUGGUUAGCGUCAGCUGUCAACAAAUCAAACUGGAUAAAACAUUGGAUCUGGUCGGCCUUAAGUCGGGGUCAGUCGGAACAUUGACCCCUCAGAAGAAGAUGAAGAAGCGUAAAGAGCUCAAUGCUUUGAUAGGUCUUGGCGAAAGCAAGAGGAAAAAGGCGAAGAAGGGGUCUGGUCACAGGUUACUUCGAACCGAGCCGCCGGACUCUGAGUCCGAAUCCAGUUCGGAAGACGAUGACUUCAGCAACCUAAGCAGUGUCGGUGCUUUCAAAAAGAGUUAUGCGCAGUGCUGCAGUGUGUGCUACCCCUUGUGCGUAUUUAUUAUUUUGGCUGCUUGCGUCAUGGCCAUAGCAGGACUGAUAUGGAUGCAAAUAGCACUUAAGGAAGAUCUGGAUUCCCUCAAAGAGAAACUUCGCACUAUGGAAUCAGCUCAGACGGCUUCUUCACAUGAAAUACCAAAGCUCAGUGAGGAGCUGAAAGCAAAACAGAAGAUGUUGGAGAACAUGGAGAGCGGAGACAAAGGCUUGACCAAACUGUGGUUCAAUCUUACCAACAUGAACAGGAAGAUAAGUACACUGGAGUCUGCUGUAAACCUCCUCAAGGCAAACAUUAAAUCAGCAUCAGAUUUGAUUACAUUGCCAGUGACGGUGGAAGAGCUCCAAAAGAGUGUUGCUACAAUUGGCAGCACACUUACUAGUGUUCAACAUGAUGUAAAGAUGAUGCAGACGUUUAUGGAGGACCAAACGAAAGGAGAGACUAAAAAGAGUGAUGCGGAGUCUCCCUUGACUCUGGAUCCCAGUGUCAGUAGCAGAAGCUUCAACAAGAGGACAGAAGAUGAUGCAAAUUCUGAGUCUUCAAGUUCUAAGCCCACUCUGCACCCACGGUUUUUUGCUAAGGACCGUACCAGGAGAGAGAAGGCACCCAUGCAGCAAGCUGUAACACUUCCUGGAGUCAACUCUGCUGAAGAUUUGGAGGAGCUCCUGAAAGUGCAGCUGCGCUACGCGUCUGUUGGUGUGUCGUAUGAAGACUUGAGGAAGCUCUUCGGGCCGGCCACUCCGGACGCCCACGUGCUCGAGCCUUACGAUGUAGACCAGGACCACAGGUACACCCUGGUGGAGCUGCGGGCUGCUCUUGCCCUUUGAGCUCAGUUUUGAACUGUGUAAUUAGUUGGACGACUAUGAAGAGGACGGGAUCAGAGGAGACCGCAGCGGACGGCUGGACGACUGGACGGAGCACUGCCUCGGCGGCGACUGUCUGUGUGGUGGCUCAUGGCUCGCGGCACUUUUUCUUUCUCAUUCGUGUGGGCACGUUUUUAUCAGUGUUUGAGAAGUCAGAUGACAGGCGGUGGACAGAUGAUUCUUGCACGCCAUUGGCACAGGGUAAAUGUCACCAGUGGAACUAUUUACUUCAUCGUUAUCCCUUGGCGACAGCAGAUUCGAUGUAACCGUUUACAGUGCUGUAAUCAAUCUCAGAAGAACCUGUUUAAAGAUUCUUAAGAUGAUGUAUGAGUUUUAUUUGUUUUAGUACAUGUAAAUGUUAUAGAGAUUAGUAUGUAAUCAAAGGCGAAUACUUAUAUUUCAGUUUUUGGUGCAUAACCUUCCAAUUAAGAACCAUAGUGUUAUGCUCAAAAAUGACCCAUUCCCACAUGCCAUUGCCUGAAUGUUUGUAGUCAUGGUGUCAGGUUUUCUAAAACUUGACAACCCAGGUCCCCUUCCCUUAUUUAUAUACUCUUCUAAUGAGAUGUUUUCCUUUGUAUUCUAAUCACAGUCUGAACUUACAAUUUGAAGGGCUAAGAAGGCAAGCUUUCUAAAUUAUUUAAUUUACCAAUUAAUUGUUUAUUCAGCAGAUGUAGCAAUAAUGUAACACUAUAUACUUAAUCAGAUAUAGUAUUUCAAUGUAUCUGGGAGGAGAAUCGUCCCGCACCUCUUAUACAAAGGGAAGGGCAGGUCUUGACAGGCAGUUUAAAAAAAAAACAAACAAAAAAACACCACCACUGAUUAGAUUUGAGUAUUUUUUAUGCUGUUUCAAACUAUUCAGUCACCUUAAUCUGUUGAUUGUUUAGUAAUAUAAAUUUAGGAAACGGGUAUUAGUCUGACCGUUAGCCUAUGGCAGGAGCACUGCUUCUUUGAAUAAACGGAGAUCAAUUGUCGUUCCCCCUCCACCCGCAAUAUCUUUGUCAUUGUUUUUGUGCAGUACAGUGAACAGAGCCUAGCCCUGUGCUGAGCUUGCUUGAUUUCAAGUUCAGAAAUACCCUCAAAAUUAAUACAGAGAGAAAUUAUAUUGUAAAUGUCAACUACAACCAGCACCACUUAGGAAUACUCACAGUUCCCCAGACCAGGAAAAAGUGUUGACCGUGAUAGCAACGUGGCAGUGGGUGGUUAAUGUCAGAGCAGGUAGGCUGAUGCUUGGGCCCAUUUUUCAAAAAUUGCUCAUGUGAAGGAGUGGGUUGGGGAAUGUAAUCAUGUAAAAUACCCAGCAUUGUAUAUUUAUUGUAAUAAAUUCAGGUUUGCUUUGCAUGUUGCUUUUUAAUGUAACAUGUACAAAGUCCUAAUUUA